CGACAGCCGGGGACAGACCAGCGAAUAUCUCGAUCUCCGCAGUCUCCACCACCUCCGGUUGUAAAUUCACGAAUCCACCGUACCCUUAAUCGUAAUUUUGUGCCUCCAUCAGAAUAUCUUCUCUGCCUCCUGGGCACGUCGUUAGGGUUUAUUAGUUUCCGCCGCCCGAUUCAUAACCCCCACAAAAUCAAUUGAUCGUCCGUCGCACGUAAAAAUCGAUCGUUCAUUCUUUGCGGAGGGGGAGGUAGAAUCGCGGCCGAUGGGGUCCAGAGAAAAGGAACAUGGUGCGUCGCACCACCAGCCACUCUUAAGCAGCCUUGUCGUACGGCCAUCGUCUAGCGACGGCGGCGGUGAAGGUGGCGGUAGCGGCAGCGGCGGCGGCGGCGGCGGCGGCGGCGAUGUUGGAGGCGGAGGUGGACGUGGUGGCGGGUUUGAAACUGGCGAGGCGCGUCGUGAGAUGCCGCCAUAUUCUCGAUCCGAGCGAUUCUCUGACGCUCCAGCUUUGAAUAUUGCCUGCAAGAACUUUGGUCUUGACGAAGCCAUCUUGGUGUGAGUUCAGUUCUGGGAUCAUUGUUGGAUGGAAUGUGGGGUUUAAUAUUAGGGACUGCAUAUAUGGGGCUGAUAUCAUCUGUCACGGGUGUGAAUGGUAGACAAUUUUGGGUUGUGUGUGCAUCUUUUUAUUGGGAAUACGGUUAUGGUUCACAUCUUAGGAACAUGAAGCCGUUAACUCGACAUCAGCUUGAACCGUGUGGAAACUGUUCCACGAAGUGCCCAAGUCACUGACCAAUCUGUGAUGCCAGAUGAUUACCCCACCUGGUUAAAUAUAUUGGAUAAUUUUUCUCCAAUAGGCGUGAUAACAUAUUCCAGUGUGAGCUUUUAGUGGUUUGCUGCCCAGGCUGGGACGCUGGGUAAUGACUUCGGACUCGACUAUUUUAGAGGCUUUCUCUAAUGGGACAUGUCUCUUGCUCGUGGAUAUGGGCCAACUCUGGUAUCUUUUCAUUUGGGUGAAAAAAUGCAAUGCUGAAGUUCCUCGAUGUUGCUGAUACUUUGUGGAUUAGUAUGUGGCCGAUUGCACACAACCUGGUGCUGUGUUUUUUGUUCCCUUGUGGUUUCUCUCUUUCUUUUUGGAUGGUAAACUUUGUUCAGCCGAGUGGGUCCACAUGAGGUGGUAUAGAAUAAACAAGUAGGGCAGUGAUGCUAUAUAUUGUCUUAAGUGUGUAAAUCUGGGGAUUGGCUUUUGAUAAUGCUGAUGAUUGGUUUCUUGAAUACUGGGCUGACGAGCACUUCACCUCCGUCCAUGGUUGUUAACUCUUGGGCAAAGAGCAGAACUAGUGACAGAGAAGAGUUGAUAACUACUCUUUGGGAUCAGGGUUGCUGCAGCCCAGUGUGUUUCUGUGACAUUGGAACUUUUGGUUGGGUUGACUGUUUGGCAGUUUUUGGAUUUAUAAGCUAUUGGUUGGUGGUAUAGAAUGAAUGCAGGUUCUGGUUCACCUGCACGUCGUAGGGAUGGAGAUCACCGGUAUGCUUCUGAUUUUGAUCAUUCAGGGGGUCCACCAAGGGGGCGUGAGUUUAUGGUCGGCAGGGAUGCUGGUAGAUUUCGAGAUUCUUCUCCACCUUUCACUCGAGGUAGAAGUAGUGGUGGUGGCAGGCCACUAGCUAGAGAGUUUGACCGUCCUGGGUUAGGUCCAGGACCAUUCAGAGGAGAGGCCAUCAAUAGGAACAAUCCAAAUGUGCGUCCCAGGGAUGGAGACUGGGUCUGUUCCGAUCCUAUGUGCACGAAUCUGAACUUUGCUAGGAGAGAUGUGUGCAAUAACUGCAAGAAGCCUCGCUACGCCCAACCAUGGGGAAGCCGAAGUCCUCCUAGGAGGGGCUAUCCGGGUCCCCCGCCUCCACAUGCUGUUGGUGGUCCGAGACGCCCACACGGUCCUCCAUUGGAUCUUUCUCCUCCUGGGAGAGCCAUGAACAUAUACAGGUCUCCACCUCCUCCUCGUGGCGGUUGGGGCAGGGGCAGCCCUAGGGAUUUCGGGCCUGGUGGCCCUCCACAUCUCAGGCAUGGAGGACGGUUCUCUGACCCUAGAGAACGCCCCGACUACCCAGACGACGACUACAGGGGAAGGAGCAAAUUCGAUCACCGGCCGAUGCCACCAGUGGAAUGGGGUCACCGAGAACGCGGCAGGGAUGGGUUCUUCAACGAAAGGAGAGGAGGGUUCGACAGACGGCCCGCUGCUGCACCCCUGCCUAUACCUCCUCAGCGAGGCGGACGAUGGGGACGCGAUGUGAGGGAGAGGAGCAGGUCCCCGCCGAUGAGGGGCGGCCCUCCACCAUCGAGAGAUUUCCGACGAGACAUGUUCAUGGGACGAGGAGGAAGGGACGAUCGACGCCCUCUUGGGAGAGAUCGAGUUGGAGACGUGUAUUGA